UAGAAGUAGCCACCAGGAAAUCCCGUCGACACAAACCCUCUUCCGGGUCAAUGGGCAUGACUUCCCGCAGGCUUCCCGCACCUGUCAUUCCAGAACUCAAACUCCCUUUCCCCGCCAAUCUGUGCGGAUGGUUGGAACGCAGAUUGGAAUCCUCGCUCGUGAUUCCGGUAGUUGUUGCGGGUGAACUAACGCACGCCACUAAGCGCCGUGGGAUCCAGUCUAGCGAAAGCAGCCCUUGGGCAUGCUCGGGGCGCCUCGGGGCUCUGGCGCGCUUCCUCUUCUCCUAGGCUGCCUAGCGAGCCCGCGCUCCCGGAGCCGCUGCCGGCGCUCUAGAGAGGGUGAGGGGGGCGGGUCCGUGUGUACGCCGCUGGCCUCCUAGGAAGGGCGGAGAGGAGGAGAGCGAAGGAAGGAAGGAAGGAGAGCAGGGCCGGGCCGCGCUUCUCGGUCCCGCUCCUCCGCCGUGUUUACAUCCGCCGUCGCCUCUCGGGCUGUAGCCUUCUCGGCCUCGGCCGCUGCCCGCUUCUUCGACGCUUCCCGCCAGGCAGGGUCAAUGCGGCGCCUUCCGCCGGCCGGGCCAUGGACACCAGCGACCUCUUUACCAGCUGCAAGAAGGGCGACGUUUGCCGAGUGCGAUACCUUCUUGAACAGAGAGAUGUUGAAAUCAAUGUCCGGGAUAAAUGGGACAGUACCCCUUUGUAUUACGCUUGUCUCUGUGGACACGAGGAGCUUGUACAGUACCUUCUAGCCAGUGGUGCGAAAUGUGAAGCAAACACCUUUGAUGGUGAGCGCUGUUUGUAUGGGGCCUUGAGCGAUGCUAUCCGGCGGGUUCUGAAGGAGUACAAGCAAAUCACAGCAAAGUGCAUGAAGAGAGAUUAUUAUGAUGCCUUUCUUCAACGACUUCUAGAGCAAGGUUACCAAAGUGACAUUGUAUUUAUUGUCCAUGGGAAGUCUUUCUGUGCUCAUCGCUGUAUACUUGGUGCCCGGAGUGCAUACUUCGCAGAAAUGUUUGAGACCAAAUGGAAGGGGAAGAAUGUCAUAGCACUGAAGCACCCACUGAUUAAUCCAGCUGCUUUCGGCUCCCUUCUGCAGUACCUCUAUACAGGCCGUCUAGAUAUUGAUGUAGAAUAUGUGAAUGAUUGCAAAAGACUGGCUAAACAAUGUCGUCUACAGGAUCUCAUUGAAGAUUUGGAAACCAAGUGUAAAAAGGUGUAUGAAUUUGUUUCUUCUAAGCCAGGGACCUGUGUGAAGGUGCUGACGAUUGAGCCCCCAGGUAACUCACGGCUGCAGGAAGACCUAGCCUUACUAGCAGACUGCGCCCUGCCAGCUGAACUCAGGGUGGGCUUUGGUGAGUUGCCUUUUGACAACACUGACAACUUCAACAGCUGUCCAGAUGUGUGUUUCCGAGUGGCAGACUACAAUUUCUUGUGCCACAAGGCAUUUUUCUGUGGCCGCAGUGACUAUUUCAAAGCCCUCCUGGAGGAUCACUUCUCUGAGAGUGAAGAGCUGCAGACUCAGCCCAGCAUCCCCGUGGUGACACUUCAUAACAUUUCAGAAGAGAUCUUUAUUCAGGUCCUCUAUUAUAUCUACAGUGAUGACACAGAGCUGUCUCCCGAGAAUGCCUACGAUGUGCUUUGUGUCGCAGACAUGUACCUGUUACCUGGGCUCAAACGACUCUGUGGGAGGACUUUGGCCCAGGUUCUUGAUGAAGACAAUGUUGUCAGCAUCUGGAAGGUUGCAAAGCUGUUCCAACUGACCCGGCUGGAAGACCAGUGCACAGAGUACAUGGCAAAGAUAAUUGAGAAGCUAGUGGAGCUUGAGGAGUUUGCGGUGGCGGUGAAGGAGAAUGCCGAGGCAGUGGAGGAACGGCAAGAGACUGACUCCAUUCCCCUUAUUGAUGAUAUCCGUUUCCACAUAACCAGCAAUGUGCAAACCUACAGUGCCAUUGAAGAAGCCAACCAGAAACUGGAAGCCCUGGAUGAUCUUCUGGCCACCAUAGGGCUUGAAUGUUAAUCUGGGCCACCUCUUUGUGGGACUUCAUGGUGGAUCAACGCGCAGUUUCACUCUCCAGAUUGUUCAUAUUCCCCCCCUCCCUCGUGUGCAUGCGUGCACAUCCACCCCACCCAGAUUUCUAGCUCUGCUGUCUUCUAUGCAUGGCGUCCAUUUCAAAUUUAUCAGUAUCCUAAAAUUGCAUGUUGGCUCAUUUUUUUCCUUUUCCCACGAACCAAGUCUCAAGGAGCAGCCGGCGUUACAUAUACUGCUGCUUAGACAUGACAGCGCUGAUUGGUGAUUAGCAAGCCCAACUUAAUGAACGUAGUGUUUGGCAAACGUUGAUUCUGCCAAGUGUUACAGGCUGGCAAUACCUGUUGAAAAUUGGUGCUGCCUGCAGAGCUUUGACACAAUUGCUUCCUGUGUGGAAAUUAAAGCAGAUGACAUUCAAGGCAGUCAGGAAUAAAUCAGCCUGUAUUUCAUGGUCCAUAUUUUACAGGCUAAGCAGGGAAAUGGAUGCUUUUACAGGGCCAUAGGGAGGUUGCUAUUGAGUGGUGGUAGCUAUGCUUGCUGCCUCUUGUCACACACAAAUGACUGUCUGCCUCUCUGCUCUGCAUCUUUACUUUCUAGAUUUGCAAAACGGACUAGGAAGGACCUUGGCUUCCUAACCCAGUUGCCUUAUUUUUCAGCAGCCUUCCCCCCCACCCCCACCCCAUUAUGUUCCACCUGUUGUACCAUGUUCCACCCAAAUUGCAUGGUUUGGGUUUUGUUAUUGGGCAUGGACACACUUGGCAACUUUUAGUAUUACUGCUUUUACAAGAGGAAAUCCAAUACGGUGUUAUAUCUGGAACUUUAGUUGUGUAGCCAUUCCAUUGCAAGCGUAGAGAUGCCAUUUGUUAGAUUUCAUUGGACUUGAGACGUUAGAAAAUACUUAAGAUUAUGCUAAAAAUCCUGGUAUAGGCUGGCUGUGUGUGGUGUGCUUGCAGAAUACUUUGGACAGAGCAUUUAACACACACACCCCGCAAUUACAAUGGAAAUGGAAACUAACGCUCUAUAGAUACUGAUAUUGUGUCUGUUUUGGGGAUGUGGUGGGGACUGAGAUCAGCUGGCUCCACCCUGUUGCCUUAGCCAAGGGAUUGAAUUGCACAUUUCCACAGGAGCCUGUGUUUGGAUCUGUGCAUGUUGAGGUCCCUUUCUACAUGAAUGAUAUCUAGAGACUAGUGAACACAGCAUACCUAAACAGGGCAGCAAUAUAAGGGCCCUCAGCUAAUAUUAGUUACAAAUUCUCUUUGUUUCCCCUGUGUUAAUACACAUUAGCCUGUCAUGAUGAUACUGAUACUAGGGGGAGGGUCUGCUCUGUGGGCUAAGCUCUGGGUACCCAGAAUAUAGGGGAGCCAGGAAUAUAGGGGAGCCAACACGUAGAGUAUGCUGUUGCACUGGACUGCAUAGUGCCCAUUCUGGCCAGACUCCGAACAUUUCUCCUCUGUGUCUUUCCUUCCCUUGGCUGAAUUCAGGAAAAUGUCUGCUUAUUACAAAGAAUGAUUAAGGUGUUUCUGUGAUGGCUAUUGUAAGUUUAAUGGGUUUUUUUUGUAGAAAGUAUCUCUUUAAAUUUUCUUAGUAAAUACUACUUAAACUUUGACAAUUCUCUCUUUGGUGAGGGAUAAGAAAUUUGGAGGUGGGGGGACUAUGAGAAAUACAAAACAAAGUCUGAUACAGAAACUUUACCCGUGGUGGCCAAGAUCAUGGAUGAAUUCUGUACCUCGUUAUCCUAACAUUAUGUGCUACUAAAGAUGCAGGUUGAGAACCAUUUAGGAUUAUCUUGAAUGAUGGUUGGUACUGACAGUGGAGGUGUGGCUCUUGCAGACUGAUAACUGGACCCUGAUUACUUCAGCUUUCCAUGCACUGAUAGCGUAAUUAAGGUUAAUAAUUAGCUGUUUCACCUCUGUAGUCAAGGCUGUGAUGAAAUGAAAAGUUUAUGCUAGAUUUUUUCCUGUGUUUGAUGAUGCAACAAUUCAUGCCACCACUGAGAUGUGUCGGUAGAACUCAAGUUUUAGCUUAUUUCGGCUUUCUCCAGAGGCAAGUAUACUGACCAUAUAUGUGAUGUCUUUUCUAAUUAGGAUCUUGUAAAGGCGUUGGGAUAAUUAAAUUCUCUGUGCCUUAGAAAGCACAGAAUGUCCCAUAGUAAACAUAGGUCACUUUAAGUUUCUUUUGAGCCCUCACAAAUCUGUGCAAUUCACUUUGCUUUCAGAAAACAUAACCUAAUUUGGAACAGAAAGCCAGGAGGCUUAAGGGUCCAAGCAGCUUUUGACAAGUAAAGCCUUCACCUUAAGAGUGACUUGGAAUGUUAGUAUUUGUAUCUUACAUCUUAAGGGGAUAGUAUUUAUUCAAAGAGACGUAGAAAAAUUAUUCAUGCUGAAAUAAAAGAAAACUUUCAGCCUGGUAAAGGUGCUAUUUUUUCUUCAUUUUGUUAAAGGCAACCUUAAAAGUGGUUGGAAGAGCGUGGUGCUCGGAUGCUUGAAAUCUAGACUGGCCAGGCAUACCGUUUUCUUCAUUUAAUGACUUUUAUCAUGGUAGCAACUUACAAAUGCACCUCUGUGAACAAAAGUACAUAAUAUUAGAAGGAACCUGGAUCUUCCUCCUUCUACUGCUCGUUCAUUUUGUCGUUUGACCUUCAUUUCUGAUAGCCAUUGAAUCUUUUAGUGGUAUCUGUUGUGAAUUUCUACAUAGCAAACAACUAGGUAUGUAAUCUUCAGAGUUUACACAUUGGGGCAAACCCCCCCCCCCCUCCCGGAGAAGCACAAGAAAAGAAGCACCCGAAAGGUCUCCCCUUCCAAGUUUCUAACAGUAUAAAAAUGAAGUGGGUGUAGUCAAUUAGAGAAAUGUGAGAUGUUGUAGUUGGAGGUUUACCUUUGAAACUACUUCUUUUUAAUUGUUGAAUCACUAAGAAUGUUUUUAACUUUUGGAAUAAGAAGUCGGGGCAGUCUUUCAUUUCUUCCCCAUUAACACGGGUCUGCUCAGACUGUUAGAUAUGUUGGGUGGAUCUGGAACAGGUUAUCUUUGUGAAUGUGUUUAGUAGCUAUAUGUCCCUGGGCUCAGACCUUAGGUGAAUUGUCCAGCUCCUACAACAGUCUGGUUGCAUUUAGUUUCUUGCCGUUUACAGAUUUGGAGUAGAGGAAAAAUCAGCCAUACAACGUACAGUGAAAAACCACCAACAAAAUACAAAAGAGAAGAAAUUAAUGCAUUUUCUAAUGAUAUUGAAUGUCCUCCUUGGCUAUCAGUUUAAUUGUAUUGCAAGGCAAUGUAAAAUUAUCUUACUGCUUAUGGGCUGAUUUUGUUUACAUUAACUCAGCCCUCUCUUUGAUCAUAAUUUGGAAAUAAAGAGAAUGUAAAGUCUCUCAGAAGAGCAAUAUAAUAUAUUGAAAAGCUUAAUAUAUAAGCAUGUGUACAGCAAUAAAGAAUCUAUUUCACUAUA